GAUGUGUGUCCUGACGUCAGGAGCGCAGCUCGCGGCACUCGGCUCCCGCGCUGCGGCUGUCAGACGCGCUCCGGCACGAGCCCGGGACUCCAUGGGAGCGGAGUGACUGCGGAGCGGACCUGAGCGGGACCAGCGAUCGCGAUGAGGUGCGCGGCUCUGCUGCUCGCGCUGCUCGCGCUGGGCGUGCGGGUGCACGCGGACAGCGCAGAGAGACCAACAGUUGGCUGCACCUUUGACGAAGACUCAAGCCCCAGCCUGCGUGAAUGUCGACAGGGGCAGGAUGAUGACUUUGACUGGCAGCUGAUUCGGACGUACAGCUGGUCGCAGGGGACGCCGGAUCUCCUGCCGGGCUCCUUCAUGUUGGUGAACUCUUCUCAACACGCCGGGGGCCAGCGAGCCCAGCUCCUGAUGCGCACCCUCAGCGAGAACGACACACACUGCGUCCAGUUCAGCUACUUCCUGUACAGCAGGGACGGCCACAGCCCCGGAACGCUGCGGGUCUUCGUGCGGGUCAACGGCGGGCCCCUGGGCAGCCCUGUCUGGAACAUCUCGGGUUCCUGCGGGCAACAGUGGCAUCAGGUGGAGCUGGCGGUCAGCACCUUCUGGCCCAGUGACUAUCAGGUCUUGUUCGAGGCAACCGUGUCUGCGGAGCGACAGGGCUACAUCGCCCUGGAUGACAUCCUGCUCCUCAACUACCCCUGCUACAAAGUGCCCCAUUUCUCACGGCUGGGGGAUGUGGAGGUCAACACGGGGCAAAACGCCACUUUCCAGUGCGUGGCAUCGGGACGCGUCUCCGAGGCGGAGCAGUUCCUGCUGGAGAGGCACAAUGGGGCUGUGGAGCUGGUAUCCUCAGUCCAGAAAACGAGCCACCGUCGCUACGUGGCAACUUUUCAGCUGGAUGGUGCGGUGCAUGUGGGACAGCGGGUAGAACAGCAGGUGGAGCAGCGGGUGAGACAGUGGGCGGGGCACAACCAGUAUCGCUGUAUCUCCUCUUCGCCUCGAGGAGCAGCAGUCUCCAACUUUGCCGACCUCAUUGUGAAAGUGCCCCCCACCCCCACAGAGGCCCCCCAGUUACUGCGUGCAGGCUCCACCUACCUGAUCAUCCAGCUGAACACAGACUCCAUGGUGGGCGACGGGCCUGUGAUCCGGAGGGAAAUUGAGUACCGCUCCGGCCUCUCGCCUUGGUCUGAGGUGCACGGCGUCAGUGCCAGUACCUACAAGGUGUGGCACCUGGAGCCCGACACAGAGUACCGCAUCGGUGUGCUGCUAACCCGACCCGGGGAAGGCGGAACCGGCCGCCCUGGACCUCCGCUCGUCAGUCGCACUAAGUGCGCAGAGCCGAUGCGCGCCAUCCGGGGCCUCGCGGCGACCGAGAUCCAGUCCCGCCAGCUGUCUCUACAGUGGGAGCCACUGGGCUACAACCUGACGCGCUGCCACAGCUACACGGUGUCUCUGUGCUACCGCUACUCCACCACAGGGGGUGCUGGAGUGCACAACGCCACGGUGCGUGAGUGCCUGGCUGUGGAGCAGGACACCCCUCGCCUCACCCUGCGUGACCUGCCACCCUACCGCCCCGUACACGUCCGGCUGGCCCUCGCUAACCCCGAGGGCAGGAAGGAGAGCCGCGAAGUCACCUUUCAGACGGAGGAGGAUGUUCCUGGUGGCAUCGCCACAGAGUCGCUCACCUUCACCCCCCUGGACGACAUGGUCUUCCUGAAGUGGGAGGAGCCCGUGGAGCCCAACGGCCUCAUCACUCAGUACGAGAUCAGCUACCAGAGCAUCGAGUCGUCGGACCCGGGGGUGAACGUGCCGGGCCCCAGGCGCACCGUGUCCAAGCUGCGCAAUGAGACCUACCACAUGUUCUCUGGUCUGCAGCCGGGCACCACCUACCUGGUGUCGGUCCGCGCCCGGACGGCCAAGGGCUUCGGCCUCACCGCCCUCACCGAGAUCACCACCAACAUCUCGGCCCCCGCCUUCGACUACAGCACAGCGCCGGCGCCCCUCGGAGAGUCGGAGAGCACAAUCACCGUGGUGCUGCGGCCAGCGCAGGCCCGGGGCGCCCCCGUCAGUAUCUACCAGGUUGUGGUGGAGGAGGAGGGCGUCGAGCAGCGAGGGGGCGAUCCCUCCCGCCAGGUGAAGAGGGAGCUCGGCAAGCAGGAGUGCUUUGUUUCGCCGGCGUCUCGCGGGGACGGGAGGACCGGAGGGGAGCACGCCUACUGCACGGCCGAGCUCCCGCCCAGCAGCGUCGCCGAGGCCACGCCCUUCACCGUGGGUGACAACCGCACCUACAACGGCUAUUGGAACAUGCCCCUGGACCCGGCGCACAACUACGCCAUCUACUUCCAGGCCACGAGUCACUUCCGAGGAGAAAUGAGGAUGAGCUGCGUCCGAAUCGCCCGCAAAGUCGCCUGCAGGGACCACAGAGAGGCCCUGGAGGUGUCCCAGCACUCGGAGGACGUGGGCCUCAUCGCCGGGGGCUGCGCAGGGGGACUGCUGCUCCUCACACUGCUGCUGGGACUCGUCGUCCUGCUCCUCAGGAGGAGGGACGCGCUGAGCGUCCGCAAGGCGCCCAUGUCCUACCGGCCAGAGAAGGUCCAGUCCAAGGGACGUGGCUCCCUGGAACAGAGCAGAGUGGCGGAGGAGAGCCGGGCGGCGCUGCCCUUCGUCGACCCCCACGGCUGCGCGGCGCGCCAUGAGCAGCGCCACUUGAUGAACGAGUCCAGCAGCCUCCUGGUGCGGUCUCCACGGCGACCGUGCGCGCACAAGACCUCGGCGUACCCAACGGGGCAGCUCCGCCCGGCCGUUCGCGUCGCCGACCUCCUGCAGCACAUCAGCCAGAUGAAGACGGCCGAGGGCUACGGGUUCAAGCAGGAGUACGAGAGCUUCUUCAGCAGCUGGGAGAGCCCCAGUAAGAAGGAGAAGAGCCGCGGGCGUCGCAACAGCGCGCUGGGCUACGACCGCCAUCAGGUGAAGCUCCACCCACUGCUGGGCGAACCCGGUACAGACGGCGUCGGCGCCAACUACAUCGACAUUCGGAUAAACAGGGAAGGUUACCAUCGAUCCAACCACUUCAUCGCCACGUACGGGCCCAAGCAGGACAUGGUCUACGACUUCUGGAGGAUGGUGUGGCAAGAGAACAGCUACAGCAUCAUCAUGCUCACCAAGCUGGUGGAAGCGGGCAGGGUCAAGUGCCACAAAUACUGGCCGGAAGACAACGACGUGUACGGGGACAUGAAGAUCACACUGCUGAAGACGGAGACGCUGGCAGAGUACGCCGUUCGGACCUUCAGCAUGGAGCGGAGGGGCUACUCGGCCAAACACGAAGUGAAGCAGUUCCACUUCACCUCUUGGCCAGAGCACGGCGUUCCGCACCAUGCCACGGGACUGCUGGCCUUCCUCCGCCGUGUCAAGGCAUGCACGCCCCCCGACACGGGCCCCCUAGUGGUGCACUGCAGCUCCGGCGCUGGCCGUACCGGCUGCUACAUCGUGCUCGAUGUCAUGCUGGACAUGGCAGAAUGCGAAGGCGUGGUGGACAUUUACAACUGCGUCAAGACGCUCUGCUCUCGACGCAUCAACAUGAUCCAAUCGGAGGAGCAGUAUGUCUUCAUCCACGAGGCCAUCCUGGAGGCCUGUCUGUGUGGAGAGACAGCCAUCGCUGUGGCUGAGUUUCCUUCCAGCUAUGCGGAGAUGCUGAGGGUGGAGCCCCAGAGUAACUCCUCCCACUUACGAGAGGAGUUCCAGACGCUGAACUCUGUGACACCCCGUCUGGAUGUGGAGGAGUGCAGCGUUGCCCUGCUGCCCAGGAACCGCGAGAAGAACCGCACCAUGGACGUGCUGCCACCCGACCGCUCGCUAGCGCCGCUGGCCGCCGCCGAGGGCGAGAGCGCCGGUUACAUCAAUGCCGCGUUGGCCGAUGGCUUCCUGCGGCCCGCUGCCUUCGUCGUCACGCCGCACCCGCUGCCCGGCACCACCGCCGACUUCUGGAGGCUCGUCUUCGACUACGGCUGUACGACCGUGGUGAUGCUCAACCAGCUGAACCAGUCCAACUCGGCCUGGCCCUGUCUGCAGUACUGGCCCGAACCCGGACUGCAGCACUAUGGGCCCAUGCAGGUGGAGUUCCUGUCCCGGUCGGUCGAUGACGAAGUCGUCACUCGCUUGUUCCGUGUCAAGAACCUCGCAAGGGAGGGCCAGCUGGUGGUGCGGCAGUUCCAGUUCCUGCGCUGGUCGGCCUACCGAGACGUGCCGGACUCCAGGAAGGCCUUCCUCGGCCUGCUGCUCCUGGUGCUCAAGUGGCAGGCGGAUGCUGGGAAUGGCCGCACUGUGGUGCACUGCUUGAAUGGCGGCGGCCGCAGCGGAACCUUCUGUGCCUGCGCCAUGCUCCUGGAGAUGAUCCAAUCGCAUGGCAUAGUAGACGUCUUCCAUGCUGUCAAGACGCUGCGCAACUCGAAGCCAAACCUGGUGGAGACUCUGGACCAGUACCGGUUCUGCUAUGACCUUGCACUGGAGUACCUGGACCGCAUGGAGCUGAGGUAGCAGCGGCCUUUGUAUCCCACCCAACACCAGUGGGCCCAGAGCCCAUGCCCAGCUGAUGUGUUUUUGGCUCCGUAUCACAUCCCACUGGAGAAGAUGGACCAGGAGAAGACUGGGCGGUGCGAGGGCUGAGGAAGCACUCUGGGCUCCUCUCCUUUUCUGGAUUUUUCUGUGUCAAUCCAUGUUUCUACCCGGGGUGCGAACCCCGGGUGCAUCGUGUUUCGUGUUCCUCUUCGUCCUGAGCACGUGAACGGCUGGACUGUCCAGAUGGACCGGAGUCCAGAGUGACCGGCGCAAACAGGCCCGCUGGCUGACCUGCGGGAGGCGCUGUCGGGAAUCCUUCUGUACGAGGAGCCACUGUGAGACGGACCUGUCCGCAUCCUUCUGCAGCGCUGACCUCUGGGUCUCGGUCGGAGUGGAUGUGGGCGUUGCCAUGGAGACAAGCUCUCAGACAUGUUUUGCUCAGCGGACGGGAUUCUGAGGGGAAUCGCACUCUGUUAUAUUAUUAUACGAGGCUCUUUGUCCCGGUCUGCUAUUUAUUAUUUAUGUGCACAACACAAAUCUGUUGUUAUUCUUUAUGCAAACUGCUUGUCCAUCAUACGAUUCUGUGUGUGUGCGCGCGUGUCUGUGUACGUAUGUGUGUGUGUGUGUGGCAGAAUGACCCCUCAGAGCUUGUGUGACCCAGUCGGUCUCUGGAGUCACAGAGCAGCCAGCAGACUGAGAAACGGGCAGAACUGUUUAUCAUACAGCUGCUUUAUUAUUAUUAUUAUUAUUAUUCCUCAGAGUGUACACUGCAUCAUCUCCUCUGUGCGCUUCGACUACCUUUGACUUUCAGUGCCCUCUAAGGCCACAAGAUCCCGACAGGAGGCCAGACUGUCUGCCUGUGCAUUUCCUGUGUUUUACUACUUUUUCCCAUGUCUGCCAGUAAAACCCAUCAUCUGAUCACAUGACUGAUGUUACGUGAGGAUGUUCAGGGGUCACUGACAUUUGACACAGUUUCCACCAGACACUGAAGACCAAGCACACCACACGUGCGUGCGCGUGUGCGUGCGUGUGUGCACGUGCCCCUAACCCUUAGUGUUCACACUGACUGUUCGAACCCGGGAUCAGAGGGUGAAGGUGGCGCAUUGAUGAAAUGCUGUUUGAAUGUCUUCUGCUCCACAUGCGGCUGGGAGGCAAACCCUGCGCCAGCUUUCCCAUCGCGCACAGCGCCGAGACCGUCCGAGGCCAGCGAACCUGUACAAAACUGUGUACGUUACUGCGGUUAAAUGUCAUCUUUCAUAUUCAUUGGUUGGAAGAAGUUCUGAAAUUAAAGUAGAAAAGCAACAACUAACUGAACGCGUCACU